AUGGCUGAAUCGCAGCAAGUUCAUCAUCGCAACGAUUCUAUCGAAUCGAAUGCGACUAUCAAAAGCAUCCAGUCGGCGGGAUCUGUUUCUUCCACUCUCUCGACGGCCUCGACGGCCAGCGUGUCUCUUGGCGUCUACGAGGAGCUCAAACCCGACAUCGAACGCCUUCAACGCACCGUUACAGAGAAGGGACUGACCGACGACGAGAAACGUCUCGAUUCAAUGAAGCGGCUGAAGGCGGUGGCAGAGACGUGGACGUUCUAUGUGCUGUUUAUUUUCAAAGCCGGUCCCGGUAGCCACAGAAAGCAGCCAUAUCGUACACCAUCCGUCGUUGUGACGCCGACGCUUGAUACAACCGCGGCGUCGCUCCAGAAAGGAUUGAAGCCGUCGAGGACGAUGUCUCGAGACGAUGUUCUGAGGCGAGACGGGUAUCAAUGUGUGAUAACAGGUUGGUUGGACAAGGAACACCUGCACGACCGUGACCUCCCAGCAGCUCCCGUGGAGGCUUCACACAUACUCCGUCGAGCUGUUGCCACCUUCAAGGAUGGCACUGAUGCUUCUCGUGCAGCCGCUCUGACGUUCGAUAUUCUUCGGCACUUCACUGGACUCGGAGAGAAGGUCAUCCAAAAUCUCGAAGACCACGCCGACCAUGUCGCCAAUGGCUUAACACUCAAUCUUAUCGCACAUGCUGAGUGGGACGCGUACGCGUUCUGCUUGAAGGCCACCGACGUCGAACAUGAAUACAAGAUUCAUUAUUUCUCCGAUGUAACAAAAGGUAGCUUAACAGGUCUGAGAGGGCUUGCGCAUGUCGCGCCAGACGAGCUCGUGCGGUUCAAAGAUCGCAGCGACGAGUUCCAACAGAAAAAGCGCAAGAAGCUCAACGACGAGGAUGGCGCUCAACCCUCAAGUUCUACGAGGUCUGGUUCCGGGCCACAAGGUUCGUCGCAGUACGAACUCCCCAGCAAAACGUUCAUCGCCAUUCAUGCUGCCGUCGCCGGCGUGCUGAACAUGAGUGGAGCCGGCAAGUUCUUCGACGAGCUCUUGUCCAAAUUUGACAAGGAUGACAAGAAGAACCCUCCCGCGCGUUGCUGGGAUGAUCUGGAGGUAAAGGCCCUCAACUCCCACUUGGGCGAGUCGGUCCAUGAAAUGUUCAUCAAUGCUUGA